ACACUACCGGAAGUUCGAAAUAAUGUCAAGUCACGAGGUCGAUAAGUCGUUCUUGUCCUUCGAAAUAUUAAAAUUGCCGUUUUGCAUUUCGCUGUUUCAUUGUUUCCCGAAAGAAUUGUUAUUACUUUAAAUGCACGUGAUAUCAGAUUAUUUAAUGAUGAAGGAACACCGAGGUUCGUUGUUCGGCGUAAUUAACGCGCGAUCGCACGAAACUUUCGAAACGUUUGCCCUCGGCUCUAUGAAUACCUCCUCUAUUAAGUAAAACCCGGGAAUUUGAAUAAAAUCGAUGCUAUCCGCUUGACCCCUUUUUAUGUGAAACGAACGAGCGUGUUUGUAUAGUCGGUUACCUGCCUUUAUUACAUGCCUUUGCCACGAGCAAUCCUUCGUCUGCAUUCAACUGUUUUUCAACUUUUUCAUUUUAGUAGUUGGUCGGCGCAACAUUCCGAAUUAAUUGAUUUCCACGCAGUUCGCACGCACAAAGGUACAUCGAUUAACAUUUAUUUUUCUAUGCUUUGUAUUGCGAGCUUUCCAGCCAAUUAUCUAAUGGUAAAAUCCUCAAGAAUUACCAAACCGAAUUUUCCAGGGUCCGCAGAGUUCCAGAGUUCCUUACAUCCUGAAAGUCCUUGGAUUCCGAGUUUCCUCGAUCAGAUCCCAGAACUUUUGGAUCUUUAAAGAAUGUGUUUGCGUCUCAAGUGAGACGAGCAGCACGUCGCGGCGGCGCAGACGAAUGGACGCCGGUGUCGUCGUCGGGACGCUUGGCUGUCGAUGCUGUAGGAAAAAGUAGGUCCGCAGUAACGACGCAGAGUGGUCGCGAUCGCCCUGACCUUUCGCUUCCUUCCUGCUCGUCUUAUAUCUUGAAACUUGGCACUCGCCGUUGCUCAGUCUACCAGAAAUCGUACAUAUACAUUUUGCGCAAGAACAAUAUUCGUAGACACGAGCUGAAACACGCAUUUAGACGGAUAUAUAGAUGCAUCUUGAAUAGCGCGCCAACUUUGUAGAUAUUUCAUUGUUGUUGACGUUAUAUUUUUGUUCUUGAGACCCGUCGACUCAAUUCCCAUCAAAAUUUUGUAGUGUUCGAUUUGCUCGAUGAUACGACCGUGUUCGCAUCAGGCUGCACCUGAGAUCGGGGUUGUACACCCCCCUGGUCUCUUUCUUUUUUUUCUGGCACAUGCACCGACACGCGUGCGACGAGAGUGAGGAAGGUGGAAUCACGUCGACGAGUCCACCACCGGCGACGAAUGCGCAGUGAAACGAACGGGGCGGACUGCGACGGGGUUGCUGCGCCCCUCGGGUGGCCCUUGGGGGAGGUUGGCUGGCCGCACAUUGGUCUGGCGUCGCUCUCACCACCGACGUCGCGUCGUGACACCGACAUCCAUUUUUCGUCGCAGUAUCGACUCGCGGAAGAUAUAAAACUGCACGCUAUCAGUUAUCAGUUUGUGAUACGAAACACCUUGCGAGCGCUGUGGCGUGCGUCUAACGUGGAAUCGAUGUUCACCGGCGACGAGCUCGCGGAGGGUGAGCGCGAGUCAGAAAUGGGUUAGUGCGUGUUCCUCGAGCGAGGAAUAUUGCCCCGUGAGGGAGAAAGAUUUUUAAAAAGAAGCCGGAGAAAACAAAGGGUGGCAGGCUCAUAUAAAAUGUGAAAUCGAUACUCGACGACCGUGAAUCGCGACGGGGGCUCUCUCGAGACGGUGCACGCGAAACAUAGGUGCGAACGGUGCGUUUUUUCGGCCCAAGGAUAAUUAUAGGGUGGGGGAAUUUCAAGAGGAGAAGGGAAGGUUGUCGGAAGUGGACAGUUCGCGGACGUGCGGUUAAAUUCAUCGCGAUAAGUGCGACUUGGAUGUGACGUUAAAAGUGCAUCUGGGUCAUCGAGCUGGGUCUUUCGUCGACGAACAGGAUAAGAUUGCAUUUCAUCGUCAUUUAUAAGGAUCUUAUUUUAUAAAGAAAGAACAAAAGAGGAAGAAGCCUGAACAAAAAGGGGGACAUAGGAAAACGGAGCGAAGAUUCAUUUGGAACAUUUAUAAAAUUUCAUUACACGCCAGGACCAAAUGAUUCUUCCGGAUGAUAGUACAGAUGCAUACAAAGCACCAUAGUGAUGCAACGGGUGUGGAGAAACUCGUAAUUAACAAGGUUGCCAAGUCCCACGAGAGCAUCGAAAAUACACCGAGGAGCGCGCCACAAGAUGCAACGUAGAAUUGUCUGAUAAAUAGGGCGGGAUAAUUAAAUUAACCCGUUGAAAGCGACACGAUAAAAAUUAAGGUGCGAAGUCGAGCGCGAUACCUCGCGUGCGAUCGAUCGGUCAGUCGCGAUGACGUUCUCCGUGUCGAGGAAGCAGCUCCUUGGCAUCAUCUUCCGGGUGCGUCCCAGGAUGGGCCGGUAAACGCAUGGCUUAUCGACAGUAAAUAAUAUGAUGCGUGUUGGCCCGCAGUCGAUGACGUCAAGGACCAAUGUCUAUGGUUCGAUGUAAAGAGGGCGCGUAACAAAAGCGAAUACAACGAAAUUUCCCAACGGACGAAGAACGAGGUUUUCCGAGAGAAGUAAGGAAGGAUUAGCAGUCCGGAAAUUUGAAGCAAAGAGCGUUCUUCGGAGGAGCCGAGGAUAACCGAGGAAAUUAUCACGAAGCUGUUAAUUUCAAAGCGCUUGUUUCGGACAUUUAAGAGGAGAGAGAGAAAAAAGUGACCGAGAGUAAGUCGAAGGGGAGAAGAAUAUAAAAAAAAUUAGUCAGUAAGUCGAAAAAUCUUUUUUCUCGAUAAUUGAUGUGCGAGAAACUUUAAGAGAUUUUUCACUGAAGUAAAGAGAGAAUGAGACAAUUUCGGGGCAUUUUCUCCCUUGAUUUUGCGAAACUUUUCGAAAAUUCCUCUUACAUUCUCUGACAGAUAUGAGAAGAUCCUGUUCAUAAGACAGGAAAGUAUUUUCCGACCGAUCCGUCGUGCAUUUUUCACUUGAGGAGCUUCUCGACAAAUAGGGCGGCAAAGAUACGUGAGACAUGCCGGAAGGGGAUAAAUCAAGAUAAAUCUCAGAGAAAGAGAGAGAGAGAGAGAGAGAGAGAGAGAGAGAAAGAGAAAGAGAAUGGUGCAGCGUUCAAAGGGGUUGUGAAGCGUUGGCUGCGGGGUUGGCGAGAGAGACGAGAGAGCCUUUCAGCGAGGUCGCGACGAGUGCCGUACCCGAUUGGGAAAUAGAGAUAUCGCCGGAGUCGAAGAGCAGCAGGUUGAUACACAAAGUGGGGACAUUGUAGAAAUGGGUCAAGAGUGUCUCGGCGAUGGCAAUGCGGCAGCUUCCACUUGACGCGCUCCGCGUCGAAUAGAUCGCGAGAAAUCGGCGUGAGUGCUAUAUCGAGUGUCAUCGUGCGAAUUAAACUCGAUCGAGGAGGGCCCGCUCUUGCAACCGGCGAACUGCGCACUGUGUCGCGUUCAUAUGUAACACGGUGUAAUCGAGCUUGGGCGCGCUGGAGGAACGACGAAGCUGAUUACGUAGCUGCGGCAGCCGGUGCUGGAUGCGCCCGACGUGCUCCGUAAUAUGUCGCAAGGAAGAUGCCGUCGUUCAUGCGGCAGGAGCGCACCCGGUCGUCGUCGUCGGUCCGUAUGUUGAAGCCCGCACGUCGAUGUGAUCGCGUGACUGUUCCUCUCGAGGAGACAUAGUCUCCUCUUCCGCGAGAGAUUCGACGAGUCCUCAAUCAUUUUCAUGGUUUACGGAUCGCGCAGAGUCACGGAGACAGUUACCACCACGGGGAUCGCUUGGCUUCACAAUAUCACUACUCAAGGCGAAAUGAGUAGCAGCGGUGGGUUCGGUGUUGGCGUGGGCGUCGCUGGUGGACCGACCCUCGCGGCCGCCCAACAAGGCCAAGGGGUGGCCGCCCUUCUGGUGAUGCUCGCCGUCCUCUGCUUCAUCUUCGCUUAUUGCUGCUGGGGCGCACCGUUCUGCCGCUCCUUGUGCAGACGACAUUGCUGCUGUCGCCUGGAAGAUCCCGAGCCGGACUCACGAUUCGGCGGCAGCGACCAGGCCAUGGUGGCGACGCCGACCAUUAUCCUCUUGCCGCACGGCAGGAUGUUAGUCGUCGACGGCACGAUCUUCACGCAGUUCCAAACCGAUCCCACAGGUUUGGACUUGGUGGAACUGGGUGACAGCGUGCUGCGCGCGCAAAGGAAUCCACGAAGUGUGAAUCGUCACCAGCUACAGAGUAGCCAAGGUAGCAUUGAGAUGGAUGCCGAGACACCCAGCAAGGAUAGCUUAGGAUCCAUCGGAUGCUUCCCUCCGCCUACCUACGAGAGCAUUUACGGCAAAGAAGAAACGGAUAUGCCUCCCUCUUACUCCGACAUUCUCUUGCACAGAUUUGCAAAUCUGCCGCACGAGAUCGAUAUGCACGGCUAUUGCCGCGACGGCAAGGAAGAGAUCGAAAUGCAGAGUCUAGAGAACUGCCCGCACAUCGUCGGCAACCCGUUGAACUCGAUGCCGUAUCAUCCUUACGCCACCGUGACGAGCCUGUCCAGCCUGCAAAGCUACCCUCGACGGAACGUCUCACGCAAUCCAUCCAUCAUCAGCAAUCCCUUGGACAACUAUUACGUGGACAACGAGCUGGGCGUUUACCGGCUCAGCCGGGAGACGAUGCCGGGAGUGUCGAGCAACGUGAAUCUCGAAUCCUUCCACACGUCUCACGACGAGAUGUCGUUCCGCAUGUCCGUCGAUGAGAACGAGAACCUGCGGCACGCCAGUCGGAACAACGAGAGGCGACAACCGACUGUGGAGCACCAAGUCGCCAGGAAUGCCGGCAACGAGCUGAUGAACACGAGAAACCGCGCUCGAAGCGUCUCCAGGCUGAGCCAAGACAGCCGCAGGAAUUCGUUGAGCCGCGAGGUGGAUCAACACCAGGCUGCCUCCGCCUUCGUCAGGUUGCCCGACCCCGAGGAGGUCGAGGUUGCAGACAGACAUCUCGACGAAGAUCAGCGGCCUCGAUUGUACCGUGACGAUCAGAACGUUAGAAAUCCGCGUUUGGAUCACGCCCAGGUGCAGGACGAGGUGAACCGUAACGUCGUUGACGGCGACCCCAGGUACUUCGCUAGAAACAGGCGUUUGGGGGACGAGGACAGGAAUCAAGGCGAAGCCGAGGGGGUUCAGUAUCUCGAUGAAGAAGCUGGUAACUUCGGUGCCCUCGCUGAUAUUCGCGAGAGCAGAGUGUAAUACGGACUUAAGUAUGCGCGCAAUGUUUUAAAGCUUGACGAGGGCUCAGGAUGAAUUUUGUCGGGCCUGAAGGCGCAGGAGAAUUUUCCCCAAUUCUCACAAAUAACCAAAUCGUGCACAAAAAGAAUCUGCCAAAACAUUUUCAUUUUCUUCGUUAGAUACUUUUGAGGCAAAUAAUUAUAAUGUGUGUCUACAUUUGUGAGAAAUGGUGAGAUUCCCUUUGCUCCUUGCGAAAGAGGAGCCCUCUCUCUUUAUAUAUCAGUACGGAUUUCAUAAACGUUAUACGCACGUCUCGCACGACAAGUAAGACUUGCACGAAAAUCAGAUGACGAGUGGAAAUUGCCUUGCGACAAAUUUCCACGAGAAGUUACUAAAAUAUUCCGAACACAUUUAGGAGCAAACUAAAAAUUCUGGGGUUAAAAAGUGAAAGACGAAGUCAAGAUAAAUAUUGUAUUAUGCAAAAAACAUUAUGUGACAAUGUUUUUAACUGUAUAUGUGACAAUAUAAUAAUUGUACGUGACAAUGUAGUAAAAAUCCUCACACACGCCACGUACACAUAUAUACACACACACACACGGUGUAUCUCUGGAAAAUGAUUAUCCUCUGUGGAAGGAUUUUUUGACAGGAAUUCGAAAGAAAAUUUCACGUGUGGCGAUCAAAUAGUAAGUCAGGACAAGCUCGACGAAAUAUAUUGAACAGUUGUUAUUCACUUAUAAAUCAAUAUAGAUCGAAAAAAAAACAUUGAUGAGUAUCAUACGAUAAAUUGCAUUAUAUAGUAAAAGAGUAAACCUGCGCGAAUGUUGAUCACCUUUCUGACCGACAAUGAAACGUCUACGCAAUUUAGAGAUGCUUUCGUAUUGAUAGAUGCGAACAGUUAUAUUUAAACCUAGCACAAGAAUCACAGCGAAGUUAGUUAAGUCCGUCCAGACUUUAACGAGUGCACUUAAGUUUCACGAGCAUCGAUUUAAAUACACGUUUCGAGCAGCGAUUUAAUUCUGAUUAGUGGCUCGUUUCUCUUCGAUAUUUUAUACAUAAGUUAAGCGCAGGGCCGUUAACUGGUAUUGUUAUACGUUUGCUUUUUCUAUUAUUUAGAAAGCACUAUAUCCUCGCAACUUAAGUGGUAUUAUCCACUGUGAAUGCAUCGAACGAUUUUAGUGUUCGCCAAAAGUGAUGAGGUUGAAAUAACGCGAAACUAUGGUUAAGGAAAAUAAAGUUGAUUAGAUUUAUGCAAAAUGUUAAAGGAAAAAGUUAAAUAUGUAUGUAUAAAGAGAGAGAGAGAGAGAGAGAGAGAGAGAGAGAGAGAGAGAAGGUAUAACAUGUUAAGAGAUUGUUUCAAGAAGCAAAGUGUGAUGUGUGUUAAAGUU